AUGAUGAAGAUAUGUUUGAUAUUGAUUAUAAUAAUAAAACUUGUCUAUUCUGUACAAUAUAAUAAAUUAUGUACUUUUUCUUUUGGUACUUGUAAUUGGAGUAUUGGUCGACGAUGGCAUAUUACAAGUCUAGAUAAUGGAGAUAAAGUUUUAAUUGCUGAUGCUGAAAGUAAAGAAGAUAAACGAAUUGGUUUUACUGAUGCAAUUAUGUCAUCAUGGUUACAAUUAUCUUCAUUAUGUUCAUUCGAUGUUCGAUUAACAUUUCAAUAUAGUAUUCAAAAUGAAAAUGAUCUUAUUGAAAUUUAUAUUAUUGAAAAAAAUCGUACACGAAUGAUUUCUAUCGGUCAAUGGAAGGAUACAGUAAAUAUAAAUAAUUCAUUAGAAUAUAAUGAUCCUAUUUGGCAGCAAGGAAAUGUUACAUUUAAAGCAGCAGAAGAAUUUCGCAUUGAUAUUGAAAUUCGACAUUUACCAAAUAAGAAAAAUAAUCCAUCAGUUUGGUUUGGUAUUGAUGAUAUUUUAAUCGAAAAUUGCCCUAUUGGUAAGUGA